AAGCGUCAUAAAAGGCGUUCCUCGCGCACGCGGCGUGCUUCUCCUUUCUUCCCCUUUGCAGAAGAUGCGCCGCUGCUGAGAGUCGCGGUCCUGGAAGUCGCCAUGGAGCCGUCGGUGCCGGUCGUCUUCGUCCGACAGAACCAGAUCGGAGGUCAAGAGAAGACUGGGAAGGCACACCAUGAAAGAACGCUGAAAAAGCUUCUGGAUGUGAAUGGACAAGCACUGGUACCUUCUUAUGACUACGACCUGAUAGUUAUUGGAGGGGGUUCAGGUGGACUUGCAGCUUCCAAGGAAGCUGCCAAACUUGGCAAGAAGGUCUUAGUUCUGGAUUUUGUUGUCCCUACUCCUUUGGGAACAAGAUGGGGUCUCGGAGGAACCUGCGUCAAUGUCGGAUGCAUUCCAAAGAAGCUGAUGCACCAGACUGCUUUGCUUGGGCAAGGCAUAAAGGAUGCGCCCAAGUUUGGGUGGCAGCUGGAUGACAAAGCCAUAAAUCACAGCUGGGAUACUAUGGUUGAAGCAGUUCAGAAUUAUAUUGGCUCUCUGAACUGGGGCUACAGGGUUUCCCUCCGAGAGAAUAAAGUCACAUACGAAAACGCUUAUGGAGAGUUUGUCGGGCCGCACAAAAUUAAGGCAACAAAUAACAAAGGAGUACAGAAGUUUUACACAGCGGAAAGAUUUCUGAUUGCCACUGGAGAGAGGCCCCGUUAUCUGGGCAUCCCUGGAGACGAAGAAUAUUGCAUCACCAGUGAUGAUCUCUUCUCCCUGCAUUACUGCCCGGGGAAAACAUUGGUGGUCGGAGCAUCCUAUGUUGCCCUUGAGUGUGCAGGAUUCCUUGCAGGCCUUGGCUUAGAUGUGACUGUCAUGGUGCGAUCUAUUCUCCUGAGGGGCUUUGAUCAGGAGAUGGCAAACAAAAUAGGGGAGCACAUGGAAGAACAUGGUGUCAAGUUCAUUCGGAAGCAUGUGCCUAGCCAGAUUGAACAGAUCCAGGAAGGAACUCCCGGAAUACUCAGAGUCACUUCUCACUCCACAGAAAACUCUUCUGAAAUACUUCAAGGGGAAUACAAUACAGUGUUGCUGGCCAUAGGGAGGGAUGCUUGCACAAGAAAAAUUGGCUUGGAGAAAGUUGGAGUGAAGAUCAAUGAAAAAACAGGAAAGAUCCCUGUCAAUGAGGAGGAGCAAACUAAUGUGCCUUAUAUCUAUGCCAUUGGAGAUGUCUUGGAAGGCAAGCUGGAACUGACGCCAGUGGCAAUCCAUGCAGGGAGGCUGUUGGUGCGGAGGCUUUACGGUGGCGCAAAGACAAAGUGUGACUACGUGAAUGUUCCCACCACGGUAUUCACUCCUCUGGAAUACGGCGCCUGUGGUUACUCGGAAGAAAAAGCCAUAGAGACAUUUGGGGUGGACAACAUUGAGGUUUACCACAGUUACUUCUGGCCACUUGAAUGGACGGUCCCAGCCCGGGACAACAACAGAUGCUAUGCAAAGGUCAUCUGCAAUAUUCCUGAUCAGGAGCGUGUGAUUGGCUUCCAUGUGCUUGGUCCAAAUGCUGGAGAAAUAACCCAGGGAUUUGCAGCGGCCAUAAAAUGCGGAAUAACAAAAGAGCAGUUGGACAGCACGAUAGGAAUCCAUCCAGUCUGCGCAGAGAUAUUCACCACGUUAUCCGUGACGAAGCGGUCAGGUGGAGAUAUCACCCAAUCCGGAUGCUGAGGUUAAGCCCCCCCACUGUUUGCCCGUUGCCAGAAGCUGGCGUUCGUCACCGUUGCUAACUCCCAAAGGGCCAAGCAAAGCAGUCUAGGAAGCAAGAACCAGCCAAUGCGUCCAUGACCUCUCCGCCCCUGUCGACGGGGCGAGUGAAGAACUGCUUAGUUGCUGGCGGUGACUGAAUGUUAUGGCAACGGAUCCAGCAGUGGGCUGGGCUCCCAAAUCAAGCUGCUGUUUGGCAAGGCAUUGCUCAAGAUGCUUCCAUGAAGUCGCAGCCUAAAACCAGCCUUUUCUGGUAGGCAGUGAUGGAAAGUUUGCUGGCACAGCUUGAGACUUUUCCUCUCCUGGAAUGAAGGCGUUCCUCCCGUUUGUUUCCCCACUUCCUCAGAUCGUUGCUAUGAAAUAGCCCAAGAGUUGCAGCAUGUAGCAGCCUCAUUGCAAGCCCUCUUCUGUAGGGGGUGCACGCAAUGCGUCAUCUCUCCAGACUUGUACAGAAAUGAGCAACCAAGCCUGUGAAGGAUUUUUUAGUGCACGGUUCUAAGAAGCAACUUAUUUUCACUUAUCUUCCUUUAUUCAUUUUACCCAGAGCUGCACAUUGGUGUGGCUCCCCUAAUUCCAUAGAUCAAAGAUUAAAUACUCCCAUCACUGAUAGGUUAGAUUACUGCAACGAGCUCUAUGUAGGGCUGCCUCUGAUGACAGUUCAGAAACUUCAGCUGGUGCAGAAUUCAGUGGGCAGGUUGCUCACCGGGGCAAGACGGUUUGAGCAUAUUACACCCAUCCAGGCCCAAUUCUAAAUGCUGGUUUUAACCAAUAUGGUUAAAUGGCUUAGGACCGCAAUACCUCAAGGACUGCAUCUCCCCAUACGAACUGACCUGGACCCUGCAAUCCUCCUCAUCAUAUGAGGCCUUCCUUCAAGUGUCUCCUCCAUGAGUCUGGAGGGUGGCAACACGAGAGGCCUUUUCUGGGAUGGCUCCCCGCUUGUGGACUGCUCUCCCCAGGGAGACUCACCUGGCGCCUGUGUUACAUAACUUUAGGUGCCUGGCAAAAAUGUUUAUAACUAAGCCUUUCGCUGAUAAUAUUCUAUGGCCAUUUAAAGUUUGUGAGAAAGGGGUGUUAGUGGUUUGUUUUGGUUUUAUGAUGUCAGCUACGUUGUUGAAUUCCUUCUCAAGUUAAAUCCCUCCUUUUCAUACAGCUAACUUUCUGUUUGUUUGUAUAUAAUGGAUCAUAAACAAAAUCUAUUUGGAUCAUAAAUUCUAUUUUGAGAUACCCUAUAACCGUUUUCUUUAAUACUGCCACUGUUGUUGAUAAAACUUUGUGUACUUCAUGUGUACUUAACGAAAGCAAAAAGUAAAACUGUCUUUUAGAAAUGGG